AUGCAGCCUGUUUGGGAGACGUCCAAGGAGAACGUACAGCCCAUAAAGCCAGGUAGGUCCUUGCGGAGGCUUGAAGCCGCACUAGGCGCUGCCGCUUCGGAGCAGCGAGCGCCAGAGGGUCUCGAUGCUCGGGUACCCGGCCACGAUCUGGACGGCGUUCACGUUCAUCUCGGACGUGAUUUCCCGAGUACACGCUCGAAAGUAGAAGAUUCCUUAUCAGCAAAAGUGAAAAGGCAAGCAAAGGCUAUCUCGGGAGGCUUGAACGAAGGCAGCAAUACAACUGAUAGAGAGCAACGUGCACCACUAACCGCGACUGUGGAAAAAGGAGGCGUUGCUCAUGCGCGUUCGCCAGGAACGCAGCGCUGCACUAGCUCGGCUGGAAGCGAUUUAGAAACGACGAUCGAAUGGUGGGAGCAGCGAACGUCGAGAGCCGUGGAAGAAUCACCUGCUGACCCGCUAGCAAUCUGGAUCGCGUACAUCAGAUGGCGGCAGGAGGCUUUUCCGAGCGAGGGUCCUCGAUCACAGCUCGCUACUGUGAUGGAAACAGCUUUAAGAAAAUUUGGUCCAGCCACCAGCGACCCUUAUCUUGAGCAGUAUAUCGAGCAAUACCGAAACGAUUCACGAUACGUUCGUCUCUGGGUGCAGUACGCCGAUUUGUGUCCGGAUCCAACCGAGAUUUUUCUCUACAUGCGAGCACAAAACAUUGGGCAGUGUUUGGCUCUUUUUUACGAGGCUUUCGCUUCGGUCCUGGAAGCGAAACAUCAGUUCGCUAUGGCGGACCGCUGCUAUGCAGAAGGGAUUGAACGCGGAGCCGCCCCUUUGGACCGUUUACAUCGACGCCAUGAGGAGUUUCAAGCGCGAAUGAUGAGGCGCCUAGAGCGUCAGCGACGAGCACAACAACAUGCGGGACCCCUGCGGCAUGGUGAUUCUGACGCAGGGGGAACCGUUCCAGUUCGACAUACCUUAAGAGGCGGGCAGCAGCCAACAGGAUUGGGUGGAAAUACUGCGCAGAGUACGGAUAUUCCACGCAGCGCGCUUUCAUCGCUUCGUGAGCCAGAUGCUUCUACCCGGGGCGGUCAGCCAUACAGUCGUCGAAGCGCAAGUGCGGAAGCGCAUGCGAACACCUCCGCCUGGAACGAGACGCAAGGCCUCCGUCGACACGACUCACAGACUGGGGCGUGGGAGCCUCGAGGAUCCCACGUGAACGCAGCCUCGAUGAGCGAACGACCAGGGCGGUCCUUUGUCGUUCAUGCUGACAGCUCCCAGCUCACAGAGCAGUCGACGAGUGCUGCGUCAGCGCAGCUGCCAGAGCGACCCGGUGAGAGCGGCAUGCCCACCGAUGGGCUGCGCUUUCCUUCCGUCGCUGCUGGAAAACGAGAGAACCAGGGGCGCAUCCAGCCAUGGAACGGUGUGCAUCUCAUUCAAGACAAUGAGGCUCGCUUUCAGCACCAACGUGCGAUGAAUGCAGCGCUCGUGCCUCAUGAUCAGCGACGCACACUUGCAUUCACAGUUUAUGUCGAUGAAGACGAGGAGGAGCAGGAGGAGCAGGAGGAGCAGCAACAGCUACAUACCGCAUCAGAUGCUCGUUCCCUGCCGCACACCUUCGACGUGGCGGCACCGUCUACAGAUCCAACUAGAUCUGCUGAGCGUCGCUCAUCCUCGGGAAGAAGCAGCACCGGGAUGAAACACGCGUCGGAGCGCGCUGAGCACACAGAGAGCCCGUUCGUCUCCGGAAGUAGCCGCUCCGGCGCACAGCUCCAUACGCCUUUGCGGACUGAGAAUCUUGCCACGAGCAGGCACGUUGUCGCUCGAAGCGAUUCGGUACAAGAGCCUGAAUGCUCUGUUGCGCUACGAAACACGCCGAUUUCCAGCCAACCAGGUGCCCAGCGUACCGGAGAGACUCGUGCAAUGUCGUUGUCACCGCCAUUCUCGCCGUCACCGUCACCACCGUCUUCAUCAGCAAGUUCUGGCCAGCGCCUCAAUUCCGAACAACUCCAAGUAUGCUCACCUACGCUGCACACGCGACAAGCAAUGGCUGAUAUCGAAUCGAUGUUCAACGAACCCUUGCAUUUUGAGUUCGAGGAGACCCGCGUGCUCCGCGAAAUGACAAAGAGUGAUCCUGCAAAAGCGACCCCGACAGCCGGAGCUUGGCAACAAGUCAACGACAGUUUGCGCUCGCCGCUUAUUGUGGAGGCCGAUGAAAAUACACCCUGUCUUGCCACGUCGGCUCCCACACGAGAAGCUGAAGCGCGUGUCCACGGCAGUUCGGGUGCCCAAAGUCGAAUGCUAGACUCAAGCUUCGAUGCAGAUGCGAGCGACUCCGACAAGGAAAACUGCCUCGAUAGUGCCCGGAAAACAGAGUCAAGAUCGCAGCGUCCCGUUUACCCGAGAAGCUCUCUUGCUACUGGUGGUGUGUUGGUGGAAAGGUGUCUGCCUUCACCAACAGAUGCUGAUUUUAUCGACGUUGAAGAAGACUUUACUGUCGACAAUGAGCGCGCCUGGGAGACGGCAGACCCGAAGCGCAGCGUCCUCGAGAGCACCGCAGAAGCAGUUGCUGCAGUUGAGCAAGCGCUCGUACCUGCGAUGCAGUUCCAGUGCUCCCUGGCUACACGCCCUUCGCCUGGUAUGCGACGUGAAGUGGCGGAAUCAGCAGCCUGUUCGCUUCACGCAGAGACCAUGCGGGGCGCCAAGAGCAGCGAAGAGCGACCCCAAUGCUUCCCGACAUCAGAUGCUCUGGAUAAUGACAAUGCGUCUUGUCGACAGGAGCUUUCGAUACCAGAUAACCGAUCGUUUGAGGCUGCACCAAAGUCGCCCUCGUCGAUGCGUCCGAAGGAAGCCUUGGUUAUAGGGCAAUGUUUGCUGGACGCGGAUACCGCGCCACACCGCUCUGUGCUGCCUCCAGGACAUGGCCAGUCGCCACAAGCGGCGCGUUUGGAGGACCCCGCCACGGAAACCGCUGCGCAAGGCGCGUCACAUUCACCAGACGUGUUGCAGCGUUCGCCUGCCUCGACGCACCAGCAGCUCGAUGCCCAAAACCGAGAACAAGUCGCCCGCAGCCGUACGGGCAGUCCAGGUGCCCUGCUGACAAGCACGACCGCGCCCGCAAGCCCUGCUGCUGAGAGUAUGCCCUUGCCGGACUCUCGCUCGCCAGAGCAGCAUAUGGCAGCUUUACAACCACCAACACCACCGUUACCAUCAACAUCGUCAUCAUUAUCGUGCAGCGCGAUGCACCAGUUGUUCCAGCCUGUGCUCCGCACGCCCGAACGAGAGGCCUUUUUGUGCGAAAUGGAAGAGAGUACGUCUUCGAAUGCAUCUCUCAUGAACCCCGCUGAUCUUUGUAAUGCCCAUGUACAGAGCGAUGCUUGGUACCUGGAUCUGACGACAGAUUCACCUCUGGGGACUGCGGCGACAUCCAAGGAGACGUGCAACGCAACAUGUGCGAGCCACGGGAAGGGUACGCAGAGCCAGGAGCGCUCGCCUGGGUCGCCAUCCAGUGACUGUAUACCGUUUCUUGCGAAAGACAUGACCGUCGCCCUUCUCGACGGGAUUGGCAGCAUGCCUUCUGGAAGCCAAGCAGUGCCCCAACCUCCUGCACGCGCUCAAGUGGAGUCGUCCAACGCCGACGCCACUGGAGCACUGGAUAACAUGUCCGCUGAAUCCCUGCAAGCCGAUGCUGCGGUCAAUGGUACUGCUACUGCUACUGGUACUGGUACCAGCGAUACCGUCAACGAAGACAACACCGCCAACACGACGCCGUCAAGCAGAGAGCGUGCGGCCUCUGCAUCCCUCUGUGAGGAUGAGACAGCGUCUAGCGCUGCUGCGUCCGCACGCAGCGACUCGGAAGCGGAUGCUGCACAGGCGGCAUAUUCGACGGAUACCUUGAGAAGCGCUGCUCAAACACAUGAAGUACCGCUCAGGCACCCGCUGUGGGCUCUUGCCGGUACCGACCAGCUGCUCUGUUCGGCACCCCUGAGCCCUAUUCCCGAAGGGCAUGAGGAAGCGUCCUCGACGUUGUCGUCGUCGCUGAGCUCGCCGUGCCAGCAUGCAGCUGCUGUCCAAGAAGGGACUGCAAGCUGUGCUGCCUCCCCGGGAUUGUCCCCGCUCGCCGCUCGCUCGUCGACAGGGUCCGCCUGCUCUGCCCAGAGCACCGCUAGGCAGCGGCAAGCAAACGGUACUAUAUGGGGUACGCCCAAGGCCGCUUCUGGGAACUGGACCAGCAACACAGAGUCACCUAGCGUAGACGCCCUUCACGAGCAGCACAGCGAUACCCUCGUCUUGCGUCCUUUCGCUUUGACGUUCAGGGAGCAGGAAGAAGCGUGGCUCUCUGAACAUUUACAGCGAACGAAGCCUUGCGACCAGUUCGUGCUCGCGAAUACGCUCGAACUGGAAGAGCAUACUUCGUGUAAUGUGCGGAUAACGAAACCCCAAAGCCGCAGCGAAUGCUGGUACGUUCGGAGCGUCUUGAGCGUCUCAAACGACUGCACUCAAGGACACAUGCAGAGCAGCUCCGCUGGCAAGUCGUCGCCCGCUGUCUAUUAUCUAGUCGAGCGUAUCCUUGGCACCAAUGAAGAAGACACCAAACGUCGAAGACGCCGCAUCUCGCUGCCGGCUUGUUCUGAAAAGUCCACGAGGUCUGCAGCGCGUACCGCACUGGAACGUGUGUUCUUCGAGUGUGGUCCGCGCAGCAGCAGCAGCAGCAGCAGCAGCAGCAAGGCCUCGCUGCUGUUUCAGCCAAUGCGCAGGGCAAAAGCAACCAACCGUAUGCUACUUGUGCUCAAGGAACAGCCCAUAGGCGCAGCGCGCUGGGAAUGUGUGGUGUUACAGCGGCUCCACGAGGCCUCUGCAGCGUCAGACGGAUGCUGCGAGGACCCGAUCCUCACUCGUUUGCCACGGGUAGAGACGCUUUAUGAAGCACCGGAUACGCAGAGCGCCUACACCAUUCUGGGGCAAGUACCGCCCUGGGGCACGCUGGGCGAUCUCCUCGACCUCGUACGAACCCCAGGAUACGUGGAGCGACCCCAUCCACAUGACGUCGCGAUGACUGGACCUCUCGACAACAACAACAACAACAACAACAACAGCUUUUACGACUACAACUACAACUAUCGCCACGGAGGCCUUGAUCCAGCUUUUGUCGCAUUUGUUGCCUCUGAGCUGCUCCAGUUGCUCCUUUUCGUGCACCGUCAGUUGAUUAUGCACUGGCAUAUCCGACCCGAAAGUUUAUGGCUGGUUCCUGGCGAUAGCGCUCUCGCGCCGCGUAUUCUACUCUCUGACUGGCAACACGCUUUGGAUCUGCGAGUGCUCACGCUCUUACAGCGAGGCCCGGAAGCAGAAGCGCUUGCCGCUGAAGCCAAGUGUCGCGGUGGCUGGGUGCCCAGGGCUUUUCGCUGCUUGGCGAUGGAGCAACCACAGCAGCCGUGGGCGUUUGAUGUGGACCUGGCUGCGGUUGGCUCUACGUUGUGGCAGCUGUUGGGGCACCAGGGGCCGCCAGCCCGGCUCGCUCCCAUGAAUCAGACUGAUCUAGUGCGCUACCUCGAAAGCAGGAGCUGCAAUGAACUGCCCCCAUCGGAUGGUGUCACCGCCUGGAUUGAGCCUGUUGUUGGGGCUUUGGCUGGCUGCCCGUCACGAAGCUCCUCUGAGAGCGUAUCCCUCUGCAGCUUGAUUCAGGAAAGGUUCAUUGAGCCGGUCUGUUCCGCUCACUGGAAACGCAUCUGUGAGCGAGCACGCAGCUACGCCUGGUUGCUCAUGGCGGUGCGACAAGAGCGCACUCCCAAGCGCUCGGAUGACGCUGUCGUCGAGCGUCAACGUACAGCGCGGGCAACGUUGAGCGCUGCUCCUUCCCGAUACCGGCGAACGAGCGUAUAA